AUGACCUCUAUAAAUCAUUCUAAUAACUUGUGCCUUGUCACCCUUCUCUUCCUUCCUUCCACUUCCUGCCACUGCCCUGACCAUGUGCCGCCUAGGGAGCUUGACAAGAAAUUUGGCAAAAUUUUGAACCCUAAAAAUACCUCAAAUAACAACCCUACUAACAUCCUUAAUAACCUUUGUGACGGCCUUCAGACUUUCCUCGGCUUCAACUCUGACUCCAAAGGCUACGACGGCCAGGGCAUUGUGUACUCUGACCUUGACAGGCUGUGCGACGGGGUGAUGGCGUUUUUGCUUAGCUGCCUGGAAGGAAGUAAAGGCUUGUUAGAACAUUACAAUCCUAAUAUUACACAGACUAUUAAUGAUUUGAAAGCCUCGAUAGGCAAGGGACGUGGCGUUUCGGGAUUUGCGAAGGCCGUUGGGAAGGUUAAGAGCGGGCUGCAGGGGUAUGAGGAGGGGAUGACGGCAAGAACUGAGGGAGUCAGCAUUAUUUUAAAAACGCUAUCACAGACUGAUAUUGUGCGCUAUAAACGUGAAAUCGAAGAUAAUAAAAAAUAUAAUCUCGAAAGUCAGUUAAAAGCUGUAUCUUCCAGAGCUGCUUGGUGUCUGCGAACGGCCACAAAUGCAGACGGCGCUGUAAAACAGCUUGAUGAACACUUACGAGGUAAGCUUCAAUGCGCCAUGAAAUUGGUGUCGCAGGCAGCGAAUGUUUUUCAAGAUGUAGCAAACAGACCGGAUGUUAUGGAAGAAGCCAAGGCCGUGGACAGCGGGUUGACAGAGCAAAAACGCAUACUGAAUAAAGCCAUUAAUGAUGAAACCAAGAAGCUUGAUAGUAAUUUGACAAGUCAGUUUCAUGAUAUUGAGAUAGCCUUCAAUGAACUUUCUCAGACCAAACAUGAUGAAUUUGGCAAGGUCAGGAAUGCAAUGGAUGAAGCCUUGGACUUGGCUGAAGAAUUAACUGAGAAUUUCAAUGGAACGUACAGGGAGCAAAUCAAUAGAAGAUUCUAUGACGUGAGAGAGAAGUUGGUGAUGGUGGAUUCUACUAGCGUCCAACCGCAGCUUCGAACAGACAUUAAUGAAAUCAGGUCGAAGUUGUUGGCAGUUGGUAAGGAACUUGGAAGAGAAGCUGCGGAUUUGGCCAAGUGGAAUUCCAGUGCGGCGGACGUAGUGAAAUAUGCUAUGAAUAAAUGUAAAGAAAUACUAAUGAGAGUUGACAUAAAGACAGAAAGUGGGAAACAUGUUUUAAUUAAGACCAAUGCAGUUGCAUUGAAAACUAAAGCUGAGAGGCUUCUGAAAGCAUAUGAAUCGGCGCGGCGGGGAGUUGGUGCUUUGGUGGCAAAGGUGACGACUGCUGUCGAACAUAUUGAAAAAGCGUACAGGGAACGGCUGCAAACGAUUAAAAUAGAGGUUGUUGCGGCGGUGAAAGAAGCUUUGGAUGGAAAGGACAAUAGUCUCACAGCUUUGGAUGAGCAUGUGAAAACAGAUUUGGAGAAUGUGAGGAAUAAGAUUAGAGAUGGGAUCAAUCGUUACAUAGACACGCAAAUAAUUGCAAUUCUAAAAGCCGCACAGAAGGCUUUUGAGGUGGGUCAUAAUAAUCUAGCUCGUACAGGUCUUUAUGCAUCUUUGACAGGUGAGGUCAAGAAACUUUUCGCCUCUUCUCAAGCUGACAGAUCCAAGAAUGUAAUUGAAGCUUUGAGGGCUCUUCAUAGUGAACUUAAAUUGUCAUCCAUACUUCCACUUCCCGAAGUAGAAAGCCUCGAAUUUGUCAACAAACUCAAGCUGGACAUCGAAAAUGAAUUGCAAAGUGUCAUUAAAAAUCCGAAAAACACUAUUAAAUAUGAUGAGCAAUUCAUGAACAAUUAUUACGUGCAAACAAUGAAAUUUGGUAACCGCAACGGUAUGCUAAGAGGCAUGAUUGAGGGAAUCAAGGCACCUUUGAAUAAGGAUGGUUUUGACGAAGGAGACAGCAGAAUAGAGUUUAAACCCGCUGAUAUGACCGGUUACGGCUCUCCAUCUCGCGGUGUAAGUGAUAAUGUCAAGGGUGCACACGGAGAGUACAAGGAAGCUAUUGCAGCCAUCACUAGCGAUACACUAUCAUCUUUUACCGCCGAUGGCGAGAAAGCCGUAACUGACACAACCAAAAAUGGCGCAGCAGAUAUAACUGAAGUAGGAAAACAAUUGAAAACUAUAGAAGAUCAGCUCGAAAAGCUCAGCACGUUGGUCAAUCGUCCUGCAUCCUUUUUGGACGAUGGAGAGAAAGGUGUCCUGAUACUUUUGACUGAGCUAGACGACAUGCUGAAGAAAAACGAAAAAAUGCAUUACGGUCUCAGGAAAAGCGUCACUAAUAUUCAUGAAAGACUUACGAGAAUGACUGAAGAUGAGUUCACCACCAUAAAAACGGGCAUUAUCCAACAAGCCAUUGACACAGCGCUUGCGACAGUAACAGAGUUGGAGAGUCUACCGGCAGCUGUGGAAUUCGCUCGAAAAGAAACUGAUGCAAUGCUGAAUUUAUUGGAUAAUCGCUGCAGAAAUAUUCAAAGGCGGAUAAGUGACAUUGAUCAGGGUAUCAUAUCUGCCAACAGAUAUCUACAAUCUGCGAUUGACAAACUUAGUAACGCAUUAACCGGCGCAAAACAAGCUUCUAAAGCAGCAGUUGAGAACCUACGAAUAUUCGCUCUUUCGGCUGUUAAAAACGCCUUCUCCGCCCUCACCUCCCAAGUCCAAUCCCUCUUCGCGAAGCAGAAGCAGGCCGAGCUGACCGCGCUGGAGACCGUUGUCACGACGCAGUUGGCGGAGAUUGAAAGGGUAAUUGAGGAGGAUAGGGGGAGCGGGGUGAAGGGUUUCUUGACUAUAUUGAAGGAUGGGAUCACCAACCGUUUGAAGGGUUCGACGCCAGUUGAGCUUAGCAAUGGCAUGAAGUUAUACGAUUUAGGUACGAAAGUAUUAAACUUUUUUGAAGGGGUAUUUGAAUAUGUCGAUGAAGAAAUAAGACCAAGAAGCGCACAGACUCUACGUCAGAAUCCAGGAACCCAGGUCCAAGACCCUUAUGCAACCAGGGUUGAUACCAUUAGAAGUAAAGUUGUAAAGUUACUCGCUGAACUUAAAACAUUCAAUCACAACUUUGAAGUGAAUUCUCAGUCACUCAUCAAUGCUGUAAAGCAGUUAAGCGCCGAUACAUUCGGCGAAGGAAAUCAUCCCACUCUUCUCAACAUAAUUAAGGAUGGCAUGACAUAUUUUUGUAGAGAGUUACAGUACGCCUACAUCAAUGCAUAUGAUGGCAAUAAUCCAAUCGUCUGGGAAAAGACACCUCCUCAUCCAGCUGCGCAAGGCGAUCCCACCAACGAAGCCAUGAAUUGCGCAAGAAUAGCGUUGACCAUUAUCCCUAUGCUCCUAUCUGAAUUCGAGGAGCUACUGACGAACACUAACGUCACAGGGGAUCAUUAUAACCUUAGCAUUAAUUUACAUAAUAAUAAUGGUCUUGGCGACUUCCUUAAAACUGCAGGCUACGACGUUCCGACAAGUGCUGAGAUCAGCGACGCUGAAUUAAAGAACAAAGAAAACUUCUGUGGCGUACAUAUUCACGAUCGUCUCAUGAAUAACAUUAAAGGGAAAUUGAUCAACACAACUAAAACUCCUCCGACCGCCAUGUCGUCUGGCGGUGUUCAUAUAGUGGUUGAACAUGAGGAGGAAGACGGUCUUUUACAGAAGCUGCACGGACACCUCGUACUAUACUUUAAUGUUUGUCACUUCACUCAUAUUGCGAAACCGAGGACGCCGUCUUCCGUUUACGAAAUGCUUGCGUGGUGUUCCGGCUUACAGUUCAAUGCAGUCUAUGAGCCACUGUGUCAGUAUUUUAAAGAAUUGUUUAAAAAACCUGAAGACCUUGAAAAUGAGCCGUACAAAAAUAUUGAUUUUUCGAGACUGAGCCUAGCUGGCACAACUACAAUCCAACCUGCCCACUUGACAACCGCACUUCGUGAUGUAUGCGCCGAAUCGUACGCAUUGCUUAUCACAAUUCUUGGCAACGGUCACAUUGGCGGUAAAUAUGGGUGCGAGUUCUCGAACAACUCCUUCAAUUUACAGUACCCGGCUGCCCCCGCACAGUGCUUUGAUAUGUUGGUUGAUGUAUUGAACAGGCUCUAUGAGCAACUCUAUUUCCUCUUCAGACAAUGUCGCAACGCUACUGAACUGAGCGGUUGGUACGACUGCCACUACGGCAGGUACGUAGGUGGGUCGGAUUGGAGGUGCAACGAUAAGCAAUGCCUCAACCAAACGUGUGACCAAAAGUGUAAGCAAACACGUGACCAAAUACACGACCAAAAGGGUGACCAACAUCCCAACUGCGGACUAAAGUCGCCGCUUCAAUCUUUCUUAGAAGACGGUUUGCCCGGUUUUCUACCACAUUCGUUCACUAAACCGGGUUGUAAAUGGGAAUGCACCGUUUCGAAUCACAGAGGAAUUCCUUGCAAAACGCCGAUGGGCUUUGCCGACAUUAGCAACGCUGCAUCGCAUACUCAGAGAGGCGCAUACCUCAUGGAUGUUCUCAGCAGUUUCUGUGGUAAUAAAGAUUCAUGUCUAACUAAACUUUGCGGUUACUUCGUAUGUUUGUUGCAACAGCCUCCUCAGACUCUGGGUGACAUUUUCGCAUUCUUCCAUGGUUACUUUACAAACUGGGAGGGAGGGUUUUAUAAGCGCAAAGGUGGCGAGAACCGUACCCAAGUAUCUUUCAAUGAUGCGGUGAAGGAAGCAUAUUUCGGCCACGAAUACGGGUUUAACCCUAGUAUUAUGUUUGGUAAGAUGGAUCACGAGAACCACACGAACGGUAAUCUGUGCAGCAUAUCAACGUGCAAAUCGGAGUCGGUUAAAACAUGUGGACUCUACCUUAAGCCACUGACGUCGAACAACUUUAGCAUUUAUUCUUCCGAACAUAAGGCAAAUCACCUCUCGUGGAUAGUCUAUAUCACAGAAACCUUUUACGAUUUGCUAAAGAAAUUGUAUGACGACUGCUGCAAGAAGUGCGGUUCUUCCGGUACCAAAUGCCAUGACAAAAGCUGUGUUGAGCAGUGCUCAGUGGACUACACACGUGACACAACAGUAGGCAAAUCACUCAACGUGCACCACCAUAGAAAAUGCAAAUCGAUUGUCAACUGCCGGGACGCCAAUCCAACUCUGUAUAGAUACGGUUUAUCAUUCGGAAAUACCUGGGCUCUUAGUGGCGCAGGUAACACCAACAUGACCAAACGAACGUGCAAAGAUUUCUGCGAAGCGUUAAAAUUGAUGCUAGGAGAGAAGUCUGUACUCAUCACACUACGCGGGCAAAUCGACAACUUCUUAUGGGCUAUCAGAUUUAAUUUCUCGAUCACUGUAUUAACCCUCUGGCUCCUUUCCCUCCUCUACCUGCUCCACAUCAUGGUCAUCCGCCUCGACCUGCUCCACAUCAAAUCUCACUUGCACUCACCCUCAUCACAUCGCAUUGCUGCUCAAUCACUACUCGCCGCUGCACGUGUUAACAAACUGGGCAGGGUGUUUUAUCUGCAGCCAUAA